GAAGAAGUUCUACUUGUUUUUAGCUAAUUGCGGCGUGGCGUAUUCUCGGUGGAAACAGCUCAAACUAUAACAUGUCCCCAGUGCCACUAUGUGUGUCCUCUAAAGCUGUUUGAUUUCAUUUGGUGGAAACGGCUACAUAAAAGCACCAAGCCGAGGGUAGUGUGUCAGAGGGAUCAGCGACCAAUGGGAGAUCAUUUUCCAAUUUGUCUUCUCUGGUGUCCCGCCCUGUCCCUUUUGCUCUCUCUCUCCUCCCGAUUAUUGUAUGGGUAGGAGAGCACCAUCUCGACUCAUAUUCUGCGUUCUGCAGUUUGACAGGCUGUUCCUCAAAGAAUCCCAACGGCUUUUUUCAGUACACCUGCAAGCAGGAUGCAGCGUUUCAGAGAAGGCAUCCACAUCCGCGCCAUGAAAGCCAAGAGGAAAGUGGAGGAGAUCUCCAAAGAGGACAUCCAGACUUUCCUAAAAAAGAAUGCCUUUGUUCUGUUCACGGUCGGUGCAGUGAUUGCAGGGAUCAUUUUGGGCUUUGCGUUGCGUCCCUACAAGAUGUCCUAUCGAGAGGUGAAGUACUUUUCUUUCCCUGGAGAGCUACUGAUGAGAAUGCUGCAGAUGCUUCCUUCUGCCGUCAGGUACGCUCCCAUUGGUAUCCUGUUCCUCAUUGCGGGAAAAAUAGUGGAGAUGGACGAUCUUACGCAAAUGGGUGGCCAGUUGGGCAUGUACACCAUCACAGUCAUCAUUGGUCUGAUGAUCCAUGCCAUUCUUAUUCUUCCCACCCUGUAUUUUGUCAUCACUCGGCAGAACCCUUUCAUUUUCAUUGCCGGGCUCUUGCAAGCUCUGGUCACGGCAUUGGGUACCUCUUCCAGCUCGGCCACCCUCCCCGUCACGUUCAAAUGCCUGGAGGAAAACAACAAAAUCGACAAGCGGAUCACUCGCUUUGUGUUGCCGGUGGGUGCCACCAUCAACAUGGACGGCACCGCUCUCUAUGAAGCGCUGGCGGCCAUUUUUAUUGCCCAAGUCAACAAUGUGGAGAUGAACUUUGGACAGAUCAUUACCAUCAGCAUUACAGCAACGGCAGCGAGUAUUGGAGCCGCUGGGAUCCCGCAAGCAGGCCUGGUCACCAUGGUGAUUGUGUUGACCUCCGUUGGACUUCCGACUGAUGACAUCACUCUGAUCAUUGCGGUGGAUUGGUUUCUCGACCGCCUGCGUACCACCACCAAUGUUUUGGGGGAUUCCAUUGGAGCAGGCAUCAUAGAGUUCCUCUCUCGGCACGAGCUUCGCAGCAAGGAUGUGGAGAUGGGAAAUUCUGUCCUGGAAGAGCGAGAGAGGAAGAAACCUUACAAACUCAUUUCACAGGAUAGUGACUUGGAAAAUGACAAACGCGGUCACAACGAAUCAAGCAUGUAGUUCUUCAUCAAUAGCUGCGCCAGCUUUUGAACAUGUACAACCGAUGCCGCUUUGUUUUUGCGAAGUCUCGCUUUGAAUUCACACCACGAUUGGUUUUUACGUUGUUCCACAAAAGGCACAUUGAAUACAUUCCUCUUCCAGCCAAAAUAACCCAGACUGGUUGCUUUAAUUACAUAGUCUAGGACUGCUGUUUUUUUUUUUAAAUACUUAUUACAUGAAUGAAUGCUAAUUGAUGUAAUGUCAUAUGAUCUUCAUGCAAGGAUUGUGUGCGUGUGUUUGUGUGUGUGUGUUUGUGUGGGCGUGCGUGCAUGCACGCGUAGCUUUGUGGCCAAUUAGGUACUGUAAUUGGAGUGAAGUGCCGCAAUGUAUUUUUAAAAUAAAGCCAAAAACACUUAAAAAAGCAGGCUGAGGGUUAGAACUGUAUCAGACUAUACUGAUUUUUUUUCACCAAUCGUUCUUAUCGCUUUAAAUAUUGUUGUGCGUAACUUCCUUCAAGGCUUUCGAUUAGUCUACUAUGGCCUCUUAUUGCUAUUUAAUAUUACUAUGUUAAAAAUGCAUGUGUGGACGUUGACAUUUUUAAUCAACCCAGACAAAUAAACACGAUACGGGAGGCAAUCCCUUUCAAGACUGUUGGAUGGAAACUAUUAAUAUUUUAUCGCAAAAUAAAGUUACGUUUGCAUUGUCUACGUUUUGUGCUAUGGUUCUUGUGUUUCUAUGGCC